AGCACAGACCUUGGCAGAGGACAAGGGGGAGGGUUGGGAGGCAGGAGUGGCAGACACCACCCAAAGCAGCCUCCAGGUCCAGAGGCUCCAGGUGAGGUCUGAGCCCUGGGAGCUGAGAGUCCACAAGAGGUGCAGAUAGCUGGGUAACUACCAGGGCUUCAGGUAGGGAGUGAGGGGGCUCCUGAGCCAUCCUAGGGAGUUGGGGUGUUUCUAGGACUUCCUGGGAGCAUGGGUGUCUUUUAUGGACAUGGGAGGCUCCUGGGGACGUGAGGGGCUUCUGGACCUCCCUGGGGACAUAGGGGCCUCUUGGGGGCAUGAGGGAACUUCCUGGGGGAAUGAGGAGCUCCUGGGCACCUCUUAUCCCAGCAAAGGCCCUGACAGGUCGGGUGUGCCAGCCCUAGGCUCUUCCUGGGUCCGGUGAUGACUCAGGUGGAGAAAGGAGACCUGUCCUGGCAGGUACAGUUUAUCCCGCAGCCUCCCCAGGUGCCAUGGCGUCCCCCAGGGCUGAUGUACAGGCAGUGGUCACCGAGAGGCACCGGAUGGGUGAAUGUCCUGUGUGGGAGGAGGCGACAGGGCAGCUUGUUUAUGUGGACAUCCACGCGCAGACUGUGUGUCGCUGGAGCCCGCACAGUGGGCAGGUGCAGGCAGUGAGCCUGGGACACCGCGUGGGCUGUGUGGCCCUGCGCGGUCGGGAAAAGGACAGCUACGUGGUGGCCGCUGGCACCCGCCUGGGCCUCCUGGACUGGGAUUCGCAGCAGGUUACAUGGGUGGCACAGCUGGACAGACACAGGCCACACAACCGGUUCAACGAUGGCAAGGCUGACCCCGCGGGGAGGUUCGUGGCAGGCACCAUGCCUGAGCCCUCUGCACCUGGUGUCUGGGAGCCGGCCCAGGGCUCGUUGUACUCACUGCAGGGGAACCACUCGGUGCUGUGCCUGGCCGACCGGCUUGGCAUCCCCAACGGGCUGGACUGGUCUGCUGACCACCGCACCUUCUACCACGUCGACAGCCUGGACUACGCGGUGCACGCGUAUGACUAUGACAUGCAGGCCGGCACCAUCAAGAACCGCCGACUCGUGUACCAGCUGCCGCGGGGUCGGGCCAUGCCCGAUGGUCUUUGUGUAGACAGUGCAGGGACACUGUGGGUGGCCUGUAUCGAUGGUGGCAAGGUCAUUCAAGUGGACCCGCAGACAGGCUUCUGUCUGCGCACCCUGGACCUGCCCGUGUCCAGGGUCACAUCCUGCUGCUUCGGGGGCCCCGACUAUACAGAACUGUACGUGACUUCGGCGGCAGAUGGGCUGAGCCCCGAGCAGCUGCAGCGGGAGCCCCAGGCGGGACACGUGUUCAAGGUCUCGGGCCUGGGCAUUUGUGGACGUCCAUGCUUUCCCUUCGUGGGCUGAGGUCGCAUGCACGUGCAAAUGUGCCUCCCAGAACGGUUCGAAAGGCGCCUGUUGUUCCAACGCAGGGUGACUCGCUCACCAAGCACUGCAACCUCAGUGUAACCUUCCGGAAUCGACACCUCCUCCCCUUCAUAACCUUAAAUGCUGCUGUAAUGUAAACUGA